AUGAAUUACGAAUUUGGGCGAGAAAGUGGUUUCAUCAACAGCCAGCCGUCGCUCGCUGAGUGCCUGACAUCUUUCACUAACCCUGUCGGUGAUGCAUUUCAAAGUUCAUCAAUCAAGAGCUCAGCGCUUUCACAGUCGACACUGAUUCCUCCUCCUUUUGAGCACACCAUUCCCGGCCUGAACCCGAGCGUCCACCCACGCCACAGCCGCUCCAAGCAGGCUCUGAAAGGCUGCAGCCCGCUGCAGGCUGCAUCCCUGCCCCCGGAGUACCCGUGGAUGAAGGAGAAGAAAAGCAUCAAGAGGAACCAGGCUGCUGCUUCUGCUCCUUCUUCUUCCUCUUCUUCUUCUUCUGCUGCUGCUGCUGCGACAACGGCUGACUCUUCACCACUCUACUUCUCCCCCCAAGGUUCACCUGAGGUGCCAGAAAGCGGCGGCGGAGGCGCAUCCAGGAGGCUGAGGACUGCGUACACCAACACCCAACUCCUGGAGCUGGAGAAGGAGUUUCAUUUUAACAAAUACCUGUGCAGACCCAGGCGGGUGGAGAUAGCCGCGCUGUUGGAUUUAACGGAGAAGCAGGUGAAAGUGUGGUUUCAGAACAGGCGGAUGAAGCACAAGAGGCAGACGCACAGCAAGGAGAACCGGGACAGCGAGGGGAAGUACGCGUGUGUGGACGACGGGCCGGAGGACGAGGAGGAGUUCGAGCAAGCGGCGGACGGCGGUGCGCUCCUGGAGACGGAGAGGUAUUUCCACCAGAAUACCUUGACUUCACAGCCGUGUCAGAACGCGCACAAUGGGGAGAACCAAAGCCCGACUGUUACCCCUUUGAGCAGCAAUGAGAAAAAUCUGAAACAUUUUCCAAACCCGACACCCACAGCUCCGAUGUGCGUGCCAACAAUAGGCCCGGACAAUGAUCAUUCCUCGGGCCUCUCUUUGCAGGAUUUCCAAGUUUUCUCAUCCUCGUCCUCUUUCUCGCCGAGUUUGUCCGAUUCCACAGAAAGUCCUCUGCCUUUAUCCUGCGAAACUUUCGACCUUUUUUCAGAAACACUCACCACAAUCGACCUGCAGAACCUGAGCUAUUGAAAUGUUUGAUUUUAACUCACACUCUUGUGUUUGGUCUCAAUUUUAGCGUGAGGAUAAAAAAGAAUAAUAAAAAUAAAGCUCUCACAAAUAAGGUAAGUUAAAGCGAAAAAAAAGAAAAGAAUCUUGCCUAUGUGGAGUGUUUAUUCCAACAUAGGCUGCGAGAGGACAUUUAUUUUUAUAUGG